AUGGCCAAAGUUAUCAGAAAUCAGUGGGUGUACAAAAAAACUGGACAUUGGUAUCGGUAUCUUCCGCGCAGAAAUGAUAUCUCCAAAGAAUUCGAUUAUGAAAAGUUUAUGGCUGGGCCAGAGCAUUUUCCUGAAAAGAUGGAAAGCAAACCACCAAAACUUUGGUUGGUGUGGAUCUAUAGAAAUUAUUCGACAGAUCCGACGUGUACCAAAAAAAAAUCGAAAAAUUAUUUGCCUGGCAAAAUGUUUAUUUUUAAGAAUACUGCUUCACAGAAUAUAGAAUUGUGGCUUUUGAAACAUAUCAUUGAAGUACGUGCACUCUCUUUUCCGAAUGGUGAACCAACAGUUGAUGAUGUGAACGCCUUGGAAGUUUAUCCAGAUGGAAGAUGCGUAGUCGAUAAGCGUUUAGCUUACGAACCGUCUCAGUUUAAUGUGAUGGACCCACACAAACAAAUGAGUAACAGUUAUCUGUGUUCACGACUGAGAAGUCGGCACAACAAAUGUCAAGAUAUAUUUGAAACAAAUGUUUAUACGAUCAAGAAUGUCACAUUAGUCGAAUAA